AUGAGGAAAUCGCUCUGCCUUAGCAGCAGCAGCAGUAGCAACAUCAGCAAUCAGCUCGCGGCUAUAGGAAACAAUAUCCACGCUCAUUGGUUGCCGACCGACGACGUGCAGCGUGGCGGCGAUGCUUGCCGCAAAGGACGCGCGACCGUCCGAUCUGACUCGUUCUCGGACUGCGGCUAUAUUCGUACUUUGUUGAAGGUUAUUUCCGGCUACGUGAACAAAACCACCGCAGCAGGUCGCUUCCAGCUGACCGCCCUAGCAACAGCGGCAGCAGCAAUAUUCUAUUUUCAGAAGUGGGAUGGCGAUGACGAGCACAUGGAGGACGACGAAAAUGAAGACGAAAACGGAGCUCAAGAUGGCGGUCGAAUUAGCGGUGAAAGGUUUUUCCAUCCGGAGGAGCUGAAACAGUUGAUUCCUGUUUUUCGAGAAGGUUGUGGCGUUAUGGACUGGAUUAAUUCCAUCGAUCAUUAUCAGCAACUGUAUGCCUGGAGUGAUAAAUCGACGUUGCUGUAUGCAACAUGCCGUCUAACAGGUGCUGUUAACCAGUGGUUUUUGGGUGUGCGUCAGCAUAUUUUAAGCUGGAAAGAUUUCAAGGCGACGAUUCUGUUGGCUUUCCCAGAUCGUGAAGAUGGAGCCGAUGUGUAUCGGAAGCUAUCUCGAUGUUUGAAGGACACGAAAGAAACGUACGACAACUAUGUGUUCCGGAUGAAUGCCAUCGCGUCUCGUCAGUACGGUAGCAUCUACGAGUUACUGGAUCAUAUCCGGUACUGUGAAGCCAAUCAGGAGCUGUGUAAACGUCGAAGUUUUCCGUCUAGGAGCAUCAGCCAGAAGCAGCAAAUGAAUAAUCCGAUACCGAAAAAGUCACACGAGGAAAGUAAGUUGUCCGGAAGCUCAGCGACUUCGAACAAGCGGAGCGACGAGUGUUUUAAUUGCCAUGGAACGGGGCACAUCUCGAUAAAUUGUCCCCAGCCACAACGACGACCAAGGUGCCAAAUAUGUCGCAAAGUGGGACACGACGAGCAGCAUUGUUUCAAGCGAACCCGAAACGACCGUCAAGCGGCAAUCGACGAAUCGGAAAUGAACCAAGCAGUCGAAGCUAGGAACGAAAGCACGGCGUAUCCAAUCAGCAAGCAGAACGACCUGAUACCGACGACUGAAGGGAAGUUUCUCGAAGUUAAUUCCAACUCGAUGGUGGCGUGCAACGUCAUCAUAGGCGGACAAGUGAAGGCGAUGCAGGCGUUGGCAGACUCAGGUUGUCCGGUGAGUCUGAUUAAGCAAUCUUGUAUUUCUGAAAGCAUUAAGCUUAGUAGGGCCAGUGAUAGGGAUCUAGCUGGCGUGAAUGAUUCGAAGAUACAGAUAGUAGGGACGUACUCGACAACCAUUUUGAUUGAUAUGUCUGUAUAUGUAGCUAACUUGACUGUAGUUACUGAUAACACCAUGAAAGUUGACUUAAUCGUGGGACGAAGAUUUCUACAAGACAAUUGUUUUCGCGGAUUAGCUUUUCUUUCCGAUGAUUGUUCGUAUGAUGUCGAUGCGAUGAGGAAUGUUUUUGAUGGCGACGUAGCAGAUGCAAGCAUUUUUUUUGUCGAUGCAAAUGUUGAGCUCGACAUCGGUGAUACAGUCGAGACCAGAUCGUUGGAAGGUGACGUUUACGAACUUUUCAAUCGUGAUUAUUUAAACCGCGCGAAACCCCUUGAGGCUUUGAUAAAGCAUUGCGUGGAGACAAAGUUAAAAGAAGAUCGUUACUACAAUGCAACUCCUCUGCGUCUCAGUGAUUACGAACGUAAGCAACAAAAUAAAAUCGUACAAGAAAUGUUGUCGAACGGUAUUAUCCGCGAAAGUGAAUCUCCAUAUUCCAGUCGUGUCGUUCUUACUCGUAAGAAAAGCGGCGAGUAUCGCCUAUGCGUGAACUUUAAACCGUUGAAUAAGUUGGUGGAGCGGAAUCAUUUCCCAUUACCGAUUAUCGAAGAUCAGAUUUCGAAAUUGCAGGGCCGUAAAUAUUUUACGUCGCUCGAUAUGAAGAACGGGUUUUACCACGUUGACAUCGCGGAAAAUUCCAAGAAGUACUUGUCCUUUGUCACGGAAGAGGGCCAGUUUGAGUUCAAUAAGUUACCGUUCGGUUAUACAAACUCCCCGUCGAUAUUCGCGCGAUACGUAAUGAAGGUAUUGAAGGAGUUCAUUGACUCCAAUGAGAUUGUUGUUUUUAUUGACGACAUACUGUUAAGUACUGUGACCGUUAGCGAACACUUUGAUCUGUUAUCGAGAGUCUUCCGUACCUUAUCCGAUACAUUAAUCUGA